AUGUCUCAAAGUGAGUCUGAUUCUGAAAUUCAAAAUAUUAAAGAAAAAAAGAAAAAACAUGUAGAUCAUACAUGGUUCAGAGAGAAUGAAAACACAAAUUUUCGAAGACUGAUUAUGUUUCCUGAUGAUGAAGGACACAUAACUGAAUAUAUUCAAAUCAAGUUAAGCGAUAAGCAAAAUGCUCUUCUUGAUAAGGAAUGUAGAGAAUUUCUUAAACAGAGUCGUAGCCGUAUCAUCGAUGUCAAAGACAUCAAUGAUUUGGGAACCUUAAAUCAUCAUAGCAAUUAUGUUAUCAUCUCUAGAGAUGUUAAAAAACCAAAAACUAAUUUUGAUUUAGUUAAUAGAUUCAAUGAUUUGAUUAAGGAAUGUGAAGGAAAAACUUAUCUAAAGCAUAUUAAAGGACAUAGUGAUAUUUAUGGAAAUGAACAAGCGGAUAAACUUGCAUAUUUAGAUUUAAAAAAACCAAACCUCGAAUUAGUUUUACCAGAAC